UUCUCAGGGGUUGUCAGCUCAUAGGGCCCUGCGUCCACUGGCUUUCCUACACUAGGUGCACUUGAGACAAGCUAGAAAAGAGCUCUGCACUGAGACCUGCCACUUUCUGCUGCUCCAACCAGCUUCUGAAAGGCUGAAGCCAAUGAGUUUCUACUGAACUGCAGGACUGGCAAGAACUUAAGGGAUAGAGGAGGAAAACCAAGCAUAACCACCUCUUUUUGUAAUUUUUUUGUAAUUCACAGGAAAAAGCAAAGGAUUAAAAUUCUUCUUUUUCUUCGAUUCCCCGUCCCCUUUUAAAGUACACUAGAACUGUAGGAACAUGGCAGAGAAGAGGCAGGUGUCUCUAACACAGGCUUUCACCCUGGUGUUGGUUCUUCUCACCUCAGUUGCUUCAGCAGAGGAGUACGACUACUACAGCUGGCAAUCGGACAAUUUCCAAAAUGGACGGUUUUAUACCAAACAACCGCAGUGUGUGGAUAUCCCAGCCGAACUCCGGCUCUGCUAUAAUGUGGGCUACAAAAAGAUGAGGCUACCAAACCUGUUGGACCACGAGACCAUGCCUGAGGUCAAGCAGCAGGCUGGCAGCUGGGUGCCCCUCUUAGCAAAGCGAUGCCACGCCGACACACAGGUGUUCCUGUGUUCCCUGUUUGCUCCAGUCUGCCUGGACCGGCCCAUCUACCCCUGUCGCUCUCUGUGUGAGGCCGUGCGGGACAGCUGCGCCCCAGUUAUGGAGACCUACGGUUUCCCAUGGCCAGAGAUGCUACAAUGUGAGAAGUUCCCCAUUGACAAUGACCUGUGUAUUUCCAUGCAAUUUUCAGCGGGGCACGCCACUCAAACUCCAGUUUCUAAAGUGUGUCCACCUUGUGAUAACGAGCUGAAAGCCGACGCCAUAAUGGAGCACUACUGCGCCAGUGACUUUGCCAUCAAAAUGAAGAUUAAAGAGGUGAAAAAGGAAAAAGGCGACCGCAAGCUCAUCGCAGCACAAAAGAAGAAGAAGGUUCUGAAAAUGGGAGUUCUGAGGAAGAAAGACUUAAAGAAGCUCACGCUAUAUAUCAAGAAUGGAGCCAACUGUCCCUGCUCGCAGCUGGACAACCUCGGGAGCAACUUUCUCAUUAUGGGACGCAAAGUUGACCAACAGUUACUGCUCAUGUCCAUCCACAAGUGGGACAAGAAGAGCAAAGAGCUCAAGUUUGCCAUCAAAUACAUGAAGUCUCAUCAGUGUCCCACCUAUCACACUGUCUUCCAGUGAUCAGUAACACUUUUCUCAAUAGUGGACCCUGCAUCUACUCAUAACUGUUUCCACAGACUGCAUCCAUUCCUAAUUCCAACCAUUAGUACACACAUAUUUUAUCACUCAUUAAGUGGCUUUUGGAAACUGCUUAGGACUUAAUUCAUCAGCAAGUACAGCAAGAGCUACAUUUUGUUGGCAACUACAGUCAUAAAAUGAAUACUUUAUGAUGAAAUCAGCACACUUUUAGUGAACUUUUCUUGAUUCCUACAGACUAUUAAGAGAGACAUUUGUCAAGGUAAAAUGACCCCUUCAAUCAAUGUGGAAAAAAUCAAUGCCAAAGUGAGAAAGAGCACAAGUUAAUGAGCAAAUGUUUGAUUUCAAUGGCCAAAUUCCACUUAACAAAUGAAACAAAAACACACAUAGUGCCAACAGGUUUUUAUUUGUAUCUUUUAUUUUGUAGAUAAGGAAUAAAAGUUUUUAUUAUAUACAAUGAAGAUACAAGUGUGGUCAUUACCAUGAGGCUAGAAUGUGACACAUUGUAGGUUGAAUCUUGGGAGGUAAGAAAAUUGAUGGUUUGAAAAUGUUCUUGACUCUUGGACAGGACAGUGGCCCAAAUAUGUCAACUGCAGCCCUGCGAGCAAGUCUGGGCCAUUUCUCUGCUUUAGGAGAGUGUGUCCUACCAUCAAAGCUUAUAAUAGACUCUGGACUCACACAGACAAGUUUGGUCUGCUUAAUCAGAGACUGGGAACAGUUUUAUAGCUAUGAUCUAAUUGUUGCUGGUCACAUUUUGUAAUCCUGAUUAGAGUUAUACAAGUUCUUCAGACAUUAAAAGAAUAUUUCAUGCAAAAAUCUAAAUUAUGUCAAGUACACAUUCUCAUGUUGUUCCAAACCCACUUGAGUU